AUGUACUAUUGGGGGGCGGACGCGAGAGAGGGUUUCGGAUUCGUUCCGCCUGGCACACUGCAGCCCACGGAUGCAGGCAUUCGCUUUUUAAACUCUAGAUCUAAAAUUCAAGAUGUGGCUGUCGGGAAGAAAAUUGUCGGUUUCAUACACGGAGAUGGCAAAGUUUCGGUCAUCAGAUCUGAGGGAGAUGGACUCGCGCAAGCAGGGAAACGGAAGCCCUUGGACUCGAAAAAAGACAAGAUAAAAAGUAUACACUGUGGGGAAAAUCAUGUAGUCCUGCUUGCUCACGGGGACAAAGUGCUCUUUGUGGAUAUGUCCAGUCCACCCUUCCAUCCCAGUCCACUGUCAGACCUCUCUGAUAGAAAGGUGACCCAGGUAGCUUGUGGAGACCAACAUUCAAUGGCACUUACAAAUGAUGGUCAGUUGUUUACAUGGGGUCAGAACUCCAGUGGUCAGCUGGGCUUGGGGAAGGAUGAGCCCAGCACUCAGUCUCCAAAGCUCCUCAGUUCUCUGUCAGGGAUCCCCUUGGUUCAGAUCAGUGCUGGAGGAGACCACAGCUUUGCCCUGUCUCUCUCUGGAGCUGUUUUUGGCUGGGGGAAAAACAACGCCGGACAGCUGGGCCUCGGAGACAACACAGACAGGAAUGCUCCUGCCAAUGUGAGCAGCUUGAACUUCAAGAAAACCAUCUUCAUCUCCUGUGGGGAAGAGCACACCGUGACUCUGACAGAGGGAGGUUUGGUGUUCACAUUUGGAUCAGGUCGCUAUGGGCAACUUGGGCAUAACUCAUUCGGGGACGAACUUCACCCUCGGCUCGUGGCUGAACUCCUUGGGUCAAAGGUGUCACAGGUUGCCUGUGGGAGGCGUCACACAUUAGUGUUUGUGGAGUCCUCACGGACAAUGUACUCAUUUGGAUGUGGAGAACAGGGACGGCUGGGAAACGGACAGACAACCAAUCAGUGCAUACCAUUGCCUGUACACCUGUCACCAGAACUAAAUCAGGACCAGGGUUCUCUCAGAAUUCUCGCUGGAGGGGAUACUUCUAUCGCUCUUUACACUCCUCUGGGAUCAGAGGGAGACAUGAACAAUGCAUUGCACAGUAAGGCCUUGCUAACACUGGACAAGGACAUGAUUGACAGAUGGGUAUCAGGAGAGGAUUCAAAGUCAUGGAAAGUGACCAAGAGGGAAAUCAAACACAUCUUUUCGUCUGCAGCAUGUUUAAACGGAAGUUUUUUGAAGAAAAGUUGUGAUGAACACUAUCGGACAUCAGAGGAGUGUUCCGGUCUGGAUUUGCCCUCAGUGCGUCUUGGUUUUGAGAAGCUUGCCGAAAGCAACAAAGUGUUAUCAGAGGUUGAAAAGGUGGUUGAACUGAUGCUGGUCCCUUCCCUGAAUCCUUCUCCUGCCGGAGUGGAGGCUCUGAGAGUUUACCUCAUCUUACCUGAACUCCUGAGGGUUCUACGCAAACAUCAGCUUGGGACUGACCUCACUGUGGCACUGGCCUCGGCCAUUCUCAGCCUGGAUCCUGAAUGGCUGAAGGUCCUGGAGAGGUUCUGGUCCAAGCUUUCAGAUUCAUCCUUCAAAACCCUGGUGAAGAUGUUUCGCAGAGUUUCUGCAAAAUGUCUGACCCAGAUUGUUUCUGGAAACUUUGCUCAAGAUGGAGGUCUGCAGAAAACUGUGCAGGUUCUACAAAGAAUCUACAAGGUUGGAUGCAACACUCACCAAAAAGAAAAAAUUUCCAGAUGGUUCCACAUUCACGAAGUCAAUUUCCUCUUUGAGGUGCUGCAGACUUUACUUGAUGACCUGGAACGCCAACUUGUUUGGUCUCCACAUAUUACAGCGAUGCAGACGUCUAAACAAUUAUACGAGAACACCAUAUGGCGACUGAUGUCAAGUCCUUGUAUCUUUGACCUGGAGGCUAAAUGUGCACUUCUGAAGAAUCACUUUCAAAACAGGGGGGGCUUUCCGAUGAUAUUAAGGAGAACGGCAUUGCUGGAAGACUCCUUUGACCAGCUGAGACAUGCUAAUGAACAUCUCCUGAAGGGGGUGCUGAUGGUGCAAUACGUUGAUGACAUGAAAAGGUCGGACGUCAACAAGAGAGACUUCUUUCUGAACUUGUUUGAUGAGCUCUUGAAACCAAGCUCUGAAAUGUUCAUGUACAACGACAACCGGGCGCUGAUCUGGUUUCCUCCUACACCUAGACGACAAGAGGAGGAUUAUUUCUUGUUUGGGAUCCUGUGUGGCCUGGCCUUCUACAACAACAGUGUGGUGCACCUGCCUUUCCCUCUGGCUCUGUUUAAGAAACUUCUGGAUGUGAAACCAUCGCUGGAGGACUUCAAGGAGUUCAGCCCUGAUGUUGGAAAGAGCUUACAGUAUCUUCUGGACUACGCAGAUGAUGAUGCUGAGAACAUGUACAUGAGUUUCACUGUGGUGUGGGAUGGUGCAGACGUGGAACUUGAUCUGAGUGAACCAGGGAGGGUCGUCACAAGUGCGAACAAGACUGAGUUUGUCAAUAGUUAUGUGGACUAUGCACUGAACAAGUCAGUGGAGAGAGUGUUUGAGGAGUUCAAGAGGGGAUUCUUCAAAGUGUGUGACAGGGAGUUUGUGGAAGUUUUCCUGCCGGAGGAGCUGAUGGGACUAAUACUGGGCAAGGAGGAUUACGACUGGGAGACUUUCAAAAAGAAUGUGCAGUAUGAAGAUGGAUAUCAUGCUGGGGAUCAAACCAUCACCAUGUUUUGGGAGGUGUUUGAAGAACUCUCUCACGAAGAAAAGAAAAAAUUUCUCUUGUUCCUAACAGGAUACGAUCGCGUACCUAUCCUGGGCAUGAAGCAGAUCAAGAUGAGGGUGCGUUUCCGGAUUAACUUCACCCAGGAGCACCUGCCAGAAGCCCUCACCUGCCACUCCAUUCUCGAUCUCCCAAGAUACCAGUCCAAAGAAACACUCAGGACCAAACUCAAGGAGGCUCUAGAGCACAAGAGAGGCUUCUGGGAGUAACAAAGCACGUGGAGUUGAGACACUUUUGUUUAGUAAUAAGAGCUCUCAGGAUAUGGUGGGCCUCAGAGGACAGUGGGUAAAAGAACGUUGUG